AUGCUGGGUUUCAGCUUAUUUGGCGGAAAGCAAUGGGAGGUCUCCUCUAUCCCUGACUUGAGUGGUAGGGUAGCGAUUGUGACGGGAGGAAACACUGGACUUGGAUAUAUUACUGUGCGUGAAUUGGCCCGGAAGGGUGCUCGAGUAUACAUGUUCAGUAGAACGGAAACACGCGCUCUCGCCGCUAUCGAGAAAAUCAAGAAGGAACUAGAAUCUGAACUCAACCCCGAAGUUGAAUACAUCAACUUUGACCUAUUGAGUCUUAAAUCCGCAAAGAAAGCAGCAGAAGAGUUCGUGCAACGCGAGAAAAGGCUGGAUAUCUUGGUGAACAAUGCUGGCAUUAUGGCUACCCCAUAUGAGCUCAGCCCCGAUGGGAUUGAAAUCCAAGCGUGCAAUGGGACUGGUCAUUUCGCAUUGACUGUUUCUCUCCUUGCUCUGUUGAAAGAGACUGCUGCCAUGCCAGACUCGCACGUCCGGAUAGUGAAUGUUUCCUCUGGUGGCUAUCUAGCUGCUCACCUCGGAACGCCUGAUUUCUCUUCCCUCGAAGGUUUGAACCAAAAGACUUGGUCAACAUGGGUGAGAUAUGGGAUGUCAAAAUUGACGAACAUCUUAUUCACCAACGAACUUCAGAAGCGUUUAGAUGAGUCUGGGACACCGAAUAUAUAUUGUUUGUCUGUUCAUCCUGGUGGUGUGUCCACCGAAUUGACGCGUGGUCCCCUACAAUCUUGGCCCUUCCUCGCGCCUCUCGAGCGAAUUGCGAGGAUGUUUCUUGUAACUCCUGAACAAGGCGCGUUGACACAGCUCUACGCGGCGACUUCUCCAGAAGUCGAAGAAAAGGAUCUGAAAGCCGCUUUACUCUUCCCUAUCGCCCAGCCUAAAUACAAGACGUCUCUUGCUGAAGACAAGGAUGGUAAACUAGGUGGUGACUUCUGGACUCUUUGUGAGGCGCUGAUGCGGCAGAAAAUUUGA